AACCAUGUUUUUAGACAUACUUUAAACCUGGUUGUCGUUUACAAUUUCGUAAUAAUUAAACGAUCGUAUAGUGAAAAAAAAAAACCAGUUUGGGUUCUGCAUACAAUCCACAAAAGCGAUCACUAAAAAUAUUAACCAGAGGAAAAAACAGUGUGCAUAAAUAUACUUUACAACUUCUAAUUCAUUAUUAUAUAUAUAUAUAUACGAAGGUAAUAACAAAGGGUUAGAAGAGGCUGAAGAAGAAGAAGAAGAAGCAGAAGAAGUAGUAAUAAUUAAGUGAAAAGAUUUUACAGUUAAAAAAACAGAUAAGAAACAAAGGAACAGCAAGUGAAACCAAAGAACAAGAGAAUGACAAACAAAGAAGACGAACAACAACUUCUUCAAGAUGCUUCUACCUUAUUAAUGUUUGCUAAUGUGGCAGCUAAACAACAACAACAGUAUAAGACAUCUCCAACCGAAUCUCCUUCUCAACCUCAACAUGUGGAGAGUCCUAUUAAUACAACAGCUAUACCUCUUACUCAGCCUGUUGUUUCUGUACCAGCUCCAGUAAUACUCCACAGUCCUGAACAACAGAAUCGUCCACCUCCAUUUAGUCCAGUUAAUCAAUAUCCCAAUGUGAUUCCUUCUGGACAUCCCAUUCCUCAUCAGGUUCAAUUUACAAGUCAUAUACCUGUAUCUGUACCUCAUCCUCCUCAACAAGCACAACAAUUACAAUCUCCAUCUAUAGUUCAUCCAGGUACACCUCAAUUUCAUAGAGUAAGUCCACCAGUUCCAGUUAUAUCAUCCAAUAACAGUUCUCCUAAGGAAUCUUCCAGAAAGACUUCAAAGAGUUCUAUCAGUGUUUUGAUGAAUAGUCCUGAACCAGAAACAGUACCACAACCACAAUCACAGCCUAUAACAAUCAUACCUGCCCCUGUACCAUUACCAAUACAAGAAUUAAAACCAAAGCCAGUAGAAAUAUAUCCACGAUCUACUCAAAUAUCACUAAGUGCUCUUGUAUCCCCACCCUUACCUUCAACUUCAGGUUCUGCACCUACUAAUAAUCAUGAAAAAGUGCAUCAUAGAUCAAAAUCAUCCCCUGAAAUUGAAAGAAGUCAAUUACCUCAGCAUCAAUUAUCUCCAGGUCCAGGAUUAAGUGGAAUUAAUAUCGAAAGUGGUCAAAGAAAUACUAAUAAUGCCGUGAUAGCUGCUGCUGCUCUUGCGGCUGCGGCUGAUAUCCCAUUACCUUUAAAACAUGUCAAGGAAGAAGUAAAAAUAAAUGUACCUGUUAUUCCUCCUCCACAACCUCAACCUCAAUCUCAUCCACAAAUAACAGAACAAUCUCCAGAUGAUACAAUCAAAGAUGAAGAUCAAUUGACUGAACCAGAAAAUGAUGAUAAAACAGAUGAUGAAAAAACGGAAGAAGAAAUCGUUGUAAAGUCUAAUGAUAUACUUCCUCCUAAAAAUCAAGAACCUGUUACUCAAUCACAGCCUGAGAAGAAAGAACCUAGUAAGGAACAACAGGAAUUCAAUAACAAGCAAGAACAAUUCAAUAUUCCUCCCCUUAGUUCAUAUCAAGUCGAUGCCGAUUCAGGCUUAAUUGGAUGUAUUUGUGGCAUAGAUGAUGAUGAUGGAUUCACUAUUCAAUGUGAUGUAUGUUAUAGAUGGCAGCAUUGUCUUUGUAUGGGAUACAAGACCAAUGAAGAAGUUCCUGAAGAUGAAUAUACUUGUUAUUAUUGUGAUAAAACUAAAUGGGGUAAAUUCAAUGCGGAAGAAUGUCGGAUUGAAACUCUUGAAAGACUUGAUAGUGAUUUCAAAAAUUCUCAAAGAACACUUGAUAGUAUAUCAACCCCAAGUUCAGAGUUUGUUGAUGAUGAUAGUAUAGGUGAUCAAAAUAAUAAAGAAAAACAAAAGAAUGGAGCUGGUGUUGGAGCUGGAAAAAGAAAACAUCUGAAUUCUGAAAAAGUUGAUAAAAGAAGAAAAGUAGUGGAAAAUGGAGUUGUGGAAAAGAAGAAAGAAUCCACUCCUAUUGAAACUACUGUGGUUGAACAGCCUAAAGCUCCCACUGUAAUCGUUCCAAAUAAAGAUAAUGAACUUUUAGAAGAUGGUGUUACAUCGGAAACUUAUCAAUCAGGCUAUUAUAAAUUAAGAACUAAUGAUUAUAAGAAGAAAUCAAUCAAGGAAUUCUUUUUAGAAUCAGGUCAGACAUUUUAUCAAGAAUAUUUAAAUUUACCAAAGACAGAUCAACAGAAACGAACAUUAAGAGAUAUUGAAAUCAUGACUCAAAAUCAAUUUAAAUCCUUAAAAAUGAGUAAGAUUUUAUUACCAAAUUAUCAAAAAUACUUAGCUGAACAUAAAUUAUUAAUCAAGAAGAAGAAUUUCAAUAAGACUUCUAUCCAAGUUAAACAAUAUUUGGAUAAUCAGAAACAAAAAUUCAAUGGAAUAUCUAAAUUAUCAUUAUUCAUUAGUUCAAAUGAUUCCGAAGUCCUCACUAUUCCUGAAAAUACAAUCAUCAUUGAAUAUUUAGGUGAAAUUGAUUUAUUUGAAAAUUAUAUUAAAGAUACCAUUAAUCAAUAUUCAAUGUGGGGAACUCCAAAACCAAAAGUUUUAAAGACGAAUUUGAAAUUAACUGAAGAGAAGGAUUUGGAUCUUAUCGUUGAUUCGAGAUUUGUGGGUAAUGAAUCUAGAUUUAUUCGUAAAUCAUGUCCAUCGUCAUCCAAUUGUCGUAUCCAACCAAUCUAUAUCCCAGAACAGAAUAGUUUUAGAUUCCUUGUGGUGACUUCCAAACCCAUUGUAUUAAAAUCUGAGUCAGCAGAUGAAGAACUUCGAUUAAACUGGGAAUGGGAAGCUGAUCAUCCAAUUUUGAAAUUAUAUGAAAAUAAUAAUUCAGAAAAAUUUGAUAUUUUAACUAAUGCUCAUAAAUCAGCUCUUAUCAGUUAUAUUGAUAAUAUUUUACAUUUUGUGGAAUGUGGUUGUUCAACUUCAAGUAGUUAUUCAUCAUGUGCAAUCUUUAAAAUCAAAAAGGCUACAUCUUAUUUACUUCGUUCUACAAGAAAAGCAUCAUCAAUUAGUAAUAUCAAUUUGGCUAAAUCAAAGGAUGAACUUAUCCUUCCUAAAAAGGAAAAGGAAUACAUAUCAUGGUCUGAUAGAUUAGUGGAAAGAGAUAAUGUGAUUCAAAUGAAUUUAACUUUAACAACUCAAUCAACUAAGGCUAAUGAUGAAGUUCCAGUUGUUGAAAGUCAAACUGAACAUACUGAACAAAAUGGAGCUGUCACUGCUUCUUUGGAAACUUCUCCAAGAGGAGUUCGAAGUAAACCUGAUGGAUUAUUUUCAAUCCCAUAUAAACAACAAUUAAUGGUAAAUAAUAAACAAUUCUUAAGAAAAAUUGCUGAGAUUAAAAAUGAAGAUAAUAACGAGAAUGAAGGUGCUAAGUAUGAUAUUGAAGAUGGUUUCCAAAUAAGUUCUGAUAUGGUUAUUAAAAUUGAAAAUAAUAUUGAUGACAAACUUAAACCAAUAGUUGAAGAAGUGGAAGCCAAGAUUGCCGGACAAUUAGAAAGUAUUCCAAUCGUAAAUUCUGCCAAGGUAGAUGAAGCUGUAUCCAUACCAGAGAAGCUUAUUACACUUGAACACAAAACUGCCAGUUUAGUCGAUGUAAGAACUAACUCCAUAGGAACCAUUGCUGCACCUAUUACAGACAAUAAGAACAUUGUUAAAAAGGAAGAAACUGUUAAUGUAAAGGAACCUGUGCCAUCGCCACCGAAGGUUGUCAAAAAAUUAUCCUUUGCAGAUUACAAGAAAAAGAUGAAGGAAUAGAGCAGCCUUGUUUUUAUUUCUUUUCUUUGUUCUUCUUCAUUUUCGAUGCCUAUAUUCUAGAAAAUAUCAUAUUUUAUAAUGCAAAUAAUAAUACAAAUAAUAAUAAUUACAGUAAUUAUA